AUGUCUCGCCAAUCCUGCGCUCUGGGGAAGAGCUUCGGCUCCAGCUCCGUCUGCUUCGGGGGCAAGACCAAGGUCGCCUUCGGCGCCCGGGGGUCGUGUCGGGGCUCCGGCUUCGGCAGCAGGAGCGUUUACAGCCUGGGGGGGAGCAAAAGCACCGCCCUGGGGGGGCUCGGGGGGCCGCCGGGCUCUGCGGGGGCUUGGGGGGCCAGGGGGGUGCGAUUCCUGGAGCAGCAGAACCGAGUCCUGGAGACCAAGUGGAAGCUGCUGCAGGAGCAGGGGGGGUCUGGCCCGGGGGGCAGGAGCCUGGAGACCCUCUUUGAGGCCUACAUCAGCUCGCUCCGCAGGCAGCUCGAUUCCCUCUCCGGGGAGAAGCUCCAGCUGCAGGCGGAGCUCAAGAGCUCCCAGGACUCGGUCGAGGAGUUCAAGACCAAGUACGAGGAGGAGAUCAACAAACGCACGGCGGCCGAGAACGACUUCGUGCUCCUCAAGAAGGACGUGGACGGGGCCUACAUGGUCAAGGUGGAGCUCCAGGCAAAGGUGGAUUCCCUGGUGGACGAGAUCAACUUCCUCAAGUGCCUGUAUGAGGCGGAGCUGUCCCAGAUGCAGAAGUCGGUGUCGGACACCUCGGUGGUGCUUUCCAUGGACAACAACCGGAACCUGGACCUGGACAGCAUCAUCGCCGAGGUGAAGGCGCAGUACGAGGACAUCGCCAACCGCAGCCGCGCCGAGGCCGAGACCUGGUACCGGGGCAAGUGCGAGACCCUCCAGACGAGCAUCGCGGACGCGGAGCAGCGCGGGGAGGGGGCCCUGAAGGACGCGCGGGCCAAGCUGGCCGAGCUGGAGAGCGCCCUGCAGAAGGCCAAGACCGACCUGGCCGGGCAGCUCCGCGAGUACCAGCAGCUCAUGAACGUCAAGCUGGCCCUGGACGUGGAGAUCGCGACCUACAGGAAGCUGCUGGAGGGGGAGGAGAGCAGGAUGUCCGGGGAAUGCCAGAGCUCCGUCAGCAUCUCCGUGGUGGGCGGCAGCAGCUCCGUGGGAGGCGGAUACGGCGGCGGGAUGUGCCUCGGAGGAGGAGGAAUGGGAUUCGGGAGCGGCAAAGGCGGCUGCUCCGCGGGCGGAGCCGGGCUCUGCUUCAGCCUGGGAGGGGGAGGAUUCGGCUCCGCGGGGUCCGGGUUUGGCUCCGUGGGCGGGGGGUCCAGCUCGGUGGUGGUGGGGUCCGGCACCCUCCUGAAGAACAGCGGCUCUCCCGGCCGGAGGGUGUAG